CCUGAACCGGUUUAACCGAAUACACACAAAUUCAGUGUUUUGGAAAUCAACAUUUCUAGUGGACCAAUUUGCUGAACAAUAACUCUUAUCAUGCAACAGAUAGUGAACUUGUUGGGCCGUAGAUUGGCAAUACAUGGUAUGCAGCAACCUAAGCGGUUUGCAAGUGGGGAGAUAAAAAGGACAUGCCUGUAUGAUUUCCAUGUAAAGAAUGGGGGCAAAAUGGUGCCAUUUGCUGGCUGGGAUAUGCCGGUACAGUACAAGGACUCAAUCUCUGAAUCUCACAAAAAUGUUCGUACAAAUGCUGGCAUCUUUGAUGUAUCUCACAUGCUUCAGACGAAAGUCACUGGGAAGGAUAGAGUACAGUUUAUAGAAAGUCUGGUUGUUGGGGACAUAGCUGGUCUCAAUGGCAACCAAGGAACGCUGUCACUAUACACAAAUGACAAGGGUGGGAUAAUAGAUGACCUGAUUGUGAAUGAGACGGAGCAGGGAUACUUGUAUGUUGUGUCCAAUGCUGGCUGUGCAGAUAAAGAUCUUCCUCACAUGUUGACCCAAGCUGAACGACUUAGGAAGAAAGGGCUCGAUGUGCAGGUUGAGGUCAUUUGUAAUGGACUCAUUGCUCUACAAGGUCCAGGAAUGGUAAAAACCCUGCAGCCUGGCUUGAGCUUUGACAUGUCUGAAUUACCAUUCAUGACAAACAGAGAGACGUCAGUGUAUGGGAUAGAUGGUUGUAGGGUAACACGGUGUGGCUACACUGGGGAAGACGGGGUUGAGAUAUCAGUGGAUGUUAACCGUACUGAGGAGCUAGUUGAGCACCUGUUACAUGCCAACUCUGGUGUGGACGUCCGACUUACAGGGCUUGGUGCACGUGACAGCCUGAGGUUGGAGGCCGGGCUCUGCCUUUAUGGCAACGACAUAGAUGAAGACACAACUCCCAUCGAGGCCACCUUGGCGUGGACCAUAGGAAAGCGCAGGAAGGCAGAGGGAGGGUUCCCAGGGUCGGACAUCAUACUACAGCAGAUAAAAGACAAACCAAAGCAGCGGAGGGUCGGCUUUACAUCCACUGGUCCUCCUGUCAGAGGAGGUGCAGAAAUCUUUGAUGAGUCAGGGUCAAAGGUCAUUGGCAAGGUUACCAGUGGAUGUCCUUCACCUACACUGAAAGUCAACGUUGCUAUGGGUUAUGUAGAGGCUGCCUUCUUUAAACCUGGCACCAAUGUUAAGUUCAAUGUUAGAAAUAAACUGGUACCAGGAAUUGUAUCAAAAAUGCCAUUUGUGCCUACCAAUUACUAUUUUGGAAAAUAAACCAUAGACAUUCAA